AACAACAAAGAUAGCAGAUGUGGUGGUUUUGAUUGUAACGAAUAAUAACGAAUUGUGGUUAUUUUUAUUUGAGAUUUUAUUUAUUUUACUAGGUUAAUGUGCAAUUUAAACUAAUUUAUGCAAACCCACGCAUUAUUUAUUAAAUUUUAAAAUAUACCUUCAGUUUCUUCAGAUAAUAACUUUAUGGAGAAUAACAACAAUGCACACUCAAGCAUGGAUGAUAACGAAAAACCCAAACUCGAGUAUCAGAUAGGGAGACUAAAACUUCUCCAAGCAAAAAUAACAUCAGAACAGCAAGAGUUUACUGCAGAAAUUAAAGAAGAGCCGUACAAUGAACUGCUAACAGUACGUAACGGCUAUGAGUCAGAGUCGAGUGAAUAUUCGGAAGACUCGACGGUAUACGAAGAUGUGCCGCCUACAACCAAAAGCGCUGGGCCGAGGAAGAAUAUCAACAGGGGACGGUGGACGAAGGAUGAGGACAAAAGACUCAAGAACUACGUAAAGAUGUACAGCGAGAACUGGGAGAUGAUAUCGGCUCAGUUUACCGACAGGUCCGACGUCCAGUGCCAGCAGCGAUGGACGAAGGUCGUCAACCCAGAACUAGUCAAGGGCCCUUGGACCAAGGAGGAGGACGAAAAAGUCAUAGAGUUAGUAUCUAAGUAUGGUCCAAAGAAAUGGACAUUAAUUGCAAGGCACCUCAAGGGAAGGAUAGGAAAACAGUGCAGGGAACGGUGGCACAAUCAUUUAAACCCGUCGAUAAAGAAAACCGCGUGGACGGAACAGGAAGACAGAAUUAUAUAUCAAGCGCACAAACAGUUAGGGAACCAAUGGGCCAGGAUCGCCAAACUCCUGCCGGGCAGGACAGACAACGCAAUAAAAAACCACUGGAACUCGACAAUGCGGAGGAAGUACGAGCCCGAUCUGCUGGACGGCUUCGACACGCUCCGACGGAAGCCGCGGCUUAAGAGACACGAGCAAGUAAGCGACGAGCGUAGGGAGAGGGCUGUUACUGUCGCUUACACUGAUUCAAGUCAGAACUGGAAUGACCCGUUCAACGAGUCAAUCCAAAGCAACUCAUCCAACACAAGUCAACCGUCCAAGCAAGUGUUGCACUUCCGUCAACUGUUGAAAGAUCAACUGAACAACUUGCAACAUCAACCUGUAAGGAACAAGUCUCCAGACAGAGGAGGUUUAGUUGCUGUAGAUUCAGUGGAGAUCAUAGGAACGCCUUUUAAAUUCACGAACAUAGAACACCUACCUGAAGAGUCCACAGUGAAGAAUUAUUUGAAUCAAGUUGCGGUGGUUGACAGCAGUGAUCAGGACACAGUAACUUACUCGGUCCAGUCAGAAGAGAACAAAGACGUCACAGUCUCAUCGGUGUAUCUGUCUCCGAAGAAGAAGAGCAUGGACAGCAACAGCCCACCACCCAUACUGAGGCGGGGCAAGGUGAAGCGACAGGGCAUCACCCACAACCCACUUGCAUGGGAGAAGUCAAUAUCAAAGAUGAUCGAAGGUGCCACGCCCAUCAAAGCUCUGCCCUUCAGUCCGUCGCAGUUCCUCAACUCGCCCGCCGGACUCUCCUUCCCCGCCUUCGACACUCCGCUGAGACAUUCGCAUGGAAGCAAAGACCUAGGCGCUAGUCCCUUACUCCAUACUCCUACGCCGGCAAAUAUAACACCCGGUGGAAGUCAAUACAAGAACGAAACGCCAAAAACACCAACUCCAUUCAAAAUGGCGAUGGCGGAAAUAGGCAAGAAGUCAGGCCUGAAGUACGAGCCGUCCAGCCCGGGCCUUCUAGUGGAAGACAUUACAGAGAUGAUCAAACGUGAGGAGAACUCAGAGAGCACUGUACAGUUGAGCGACUCCAUGUUAUCGGGCACUGCGGACCAAGAGAUGAAUGUUCAGGUGAACGAUUCAGGCAUUGGGAGCGGUCGACGCACCGCGGGCAAAGAGAACGUGCCGUCGCACAAGAAGGCGCGCAAGGCGCUCGCGCACAGCUGGGGCGCCGCCACCAGCACGCCGCACGCGCACUCGCACUCAGUGCCGGACGUGUCCUUCAUCGUGGAGACUCCGGUGAGUUGUUGCCGUCCGUGUGACGUCACAGGCAGCGGGCGGCGCACCGCGGGCAAGGAGAACGUGCCGUCGCACAAGAAGGCGCGCAAGGCGCUCGCGCACAGCUGGGGCGCCGCCACCAGCACGCCGCACGCGCACUCGCACUCAGUGCCGGACGUGUCCUUCAUCGUGGAGACUCCGGUGAGUUGUUGCCGUCCGUGUGACGUCAUAGGCAGCGGGCGGCGCACCGCGGGCAAGGAGAACGUGCCGUCGCACAAGAAGGCGCGCAAGGCGCUCGCGCACAGCUGGGGCGCCGCCACCAGCACGCCGCACGCGCACUCGCACUCAGUGCCGGACGUGUCCUUCAUCGUGGAGACUCCGGUGAGUUGUUGCUGUCCGUGUGACGUCACAGGCAGCGGGCGGCGCACCGCGGGCAAGGAGAACGUGCCGUCGCACAAGAAGGCGCGCAAGGCGCUCGCGCACAGCUGGGGCGCCGCCACCAGCACGCCGCACGCGCACUCGCACUCAGUGCCGGACGUGUCCUUCAUCGUGGAGACUCCGAGCAAAACUCUUACUGGAGACAGUUCAGUGCUUUUCUCCCCGCCAUCUAUAGUGAAGAAUUCGCUUCUGGACGAAUCCACGAGCCUCCACAGCCUGAUGAGCACCGAAAACACACCAGAACCAAUGAAUAUCGAGGAAAUGGACCUAGAAAACGUUAUCUCAGAAAAAACUAAGAUAUCCCGUAUAGCCGGGGAGCCAUUGGUGUUGAAGAAAUCUGCAGUACGUUCCAUUAAGUUCGACCAGGAACCCCCAGAUGAAUACAAGGAGGAGCGGACUUCUUUUAUAUUGGCUGAUACUAAAUGGGAGACGUUUGUAUGCGGCAAAACUCAGGAUCAACUCGAUUUAACUAUGCUCGCCCAUCAGUAUUUAAGAAAAACCGCGUUAAAACCACGAUCGCUUAAUUUUUAAAUGUAUCCAAUCAUGUUUAGUUGAGUACACCUACCGACAAAUCGUGCAAAUUAACUUGACACUUGGCUCGAAUGAUUUUUUAUGGUACUAAGAGCAAAAAAUAUUUGAUUUAUUAGUGUCCAACUGUGUGCCUAGUGGGAGUUUUCAAUAUUUUCAUACUGUUACUACCACGUUGACGUAAACGCAAAUUUAUACGGAAUUGAAACAGUUGUGCAGUAGUGCCACUAGAUGGCGCUGUUUCAAUUCCUUAGAAAUUCGCGUUUACGUUACGUGACAGUAACAGUAUCAAACUGCGACUAGGCCCUCUGAACUUUCGAAAAGUGUAGUUCAUAGUAUACCUACUUAAUAAUAAGAUAAAUAAAUAUACUUUAUUUGCACACCACAAAGACAAAAACAAGUGAAAUAAAAAACAAAUUAGGAAGAGAUCAGCAUACAAAAGGCGGCCUUAUCGCUAAGUAGCGAUUUCUUCCAGGCAACCUUCGGUUUAGGAAAACUUAAGGACAUCAGCAGGUGGCGUAAAACAAAAAUAACCAUAGUAUUAGUAAUACACAUACAUACAAAUAAUUUACAUCCUAAUACAUAAACAAUAUUACACAAAUACCUACAAUAUUGAAUAAAAUACAUAUCAAAAUAUACUAAUAAAUACCUUAUAUUGAAAAAAAUAAUAUAUACAGAUCGACUUUACUGCACCAGAUAAUGAGACUUUACCGCAUUUUUAAAAAUGUCCAGUGUCUUUGAUUGCCGUAUAUUUAAAGGGAGAGCAUUCCAUAACUUAACGGCUUGCACAACGAAAGAAUGUUUAUAAAAUUUCGUCUUAUGCACGGGUAAACAUAGAGUUAGUAAUCGACACUGUCUCAGUUCAGACUGCACUCCCUGAAACGUAAAUUUCUCCUUCAGAUACACAGGAGAUUUUGGAUUAAACAACACACAGUACAAAAGUGAAAGUACAUGCAGAUCCCGGCGACGACGAAUAGGGAGCCACUUGAGCUUCUGACGGAAUUCAGAAAUAUGGUCAUAUUUGCGUAGGCUAAAUAUGAACCGAAUAGCAAGAUUUUGAAGUCGCUCAAGUUUAUUGAGUUGGUCCUCAGUUAUAUUUAGAUAGCUCGCGUCCGCAUAAUCUAAAACCGAAAGAAGAAGAGAAUGUGCUAACAUAACUUUAGUAGGAAUUGGUAAAAAUGAUCUUAAACGUCUCAGUGAGCCAAAAGUAGCAAACAUCUUUUUACUUAACUCUUUGACAUGCACGCACCACGACAACUGGUUAUCAAGAUGUACCCCAAGAUCUUUAACUGUGUCACAAAAAGGAAUAGUGGUACCAUUAUACAAAACUGGCCGGAGAUCUACCCAAUCAACUCUUGAGAUGAGGGCAGGACUACCAAUAAUAAUGGCCUUAGAUUUUAGGGGAUUUACCUUGAGCCCAUACUGUCUGCUCCAGAUAUCAAUUGCGCUAAGGUCACAGUUUAUAGCAGAGACAGUUAAAUUUAGGUUCUCAAGAGAUGAUGAGCGGUAUAUUUGGAUAUCAUCUGCAUACAUAUGGUAAAGAGAAGUUAUAUUUUGAGUGAUCGAAUUAAUGAAGAUAGAGAAAAGUAAUGGAGAUAACACGCCACCCUGAGGUACCCCUGCCGUAACAUCGCACCAAGAUGAAAAUAAUGUUUCUUAUAUAGUAUACUUUCAUAAACUACGUCGAUCGCUGUCAAAUAAAUCGGUUAAUUUCUUCCACAGUAAUCAGAUUUUAAGUGUUUCAAAUAAAAGUCUUUUUAAAUUUAACUACCAAUAUUUGUACAAAAAAAUUACCUUCGGUCGAAACACACUGAAACCGAACUUCGGUUUCGGUUUCGAUGUAAUGUAAUAACUUUGAUACUAACACUACUUAGCAUCCUCGCGCGGAGAAGCUAGAGGAGAUUCGAAUUUCGAGCCAAUGUCAAGAUAAUUCGCACGAGUUAUACCUAUAUUUUGUAACAAAGGCGGUGCCUUAUAUAUAUAUUCCAAAAGUUAGUUUUGUGUAAAAUCAUUAAUUUAUUGCUUUUUGAGAAUCCUUUCUUAUCUUAACAGUCGGUGUCAAUAUUUUUCAGUAAGUGAUAGAUUUUUUUGUAAUCUUUGAUAAUAGAUUUUUUCAUAAUUUUGAGUGAAUUUAAAUAAAUAAUUAUUGAUUCUAUAUGUAUUUUUUUUGCAUUUAUACGAUUUUAACGUAAUUAAUGAAUAGAUUGAAAUAAAUCGGAAUGUUUUUGGAAUCGUGUGUUUUUGGUAUAUAAACUUAAAAAACAAAACAAACAAUGAUUACUGUAAAUCGUAAGUUAUUAAUUAAGUAUAGAAUAAAUUUGUAAAUAUACAAACGAUCGUGUGAUUUAAAAUUUAGUUGAUUAGUUGAUAAGAUUUACAUAAACAUUAUAACAAUUUUAUUUUCAGUUACUUGUAAUGUUUUUUUUUAAUUUAUUUUAUAUAUUUCUCGGCAACACAAAAUUAGUUACUUUGCUCUUUUGUUAAGUAUAUUAUUUUUUAGUUAUAUUUUACACAUUAUAUAAGCUACAAAAACAUGUUUGAUUAACUUUUUUACAUACCUACUUCAAUUGUUUUUGCGACCUGAUAAAAUGUUUUCUAUAUUUCGUGUAUUGAUUCAAUAGAAUACGAUUAAAAAAAAUUAAGUAAAUACAAAUUAAUAAUAUACUAUUUUGUUAUAAUUUGGAUUUAAAUAAGAAUGCAACUACAACCAUGCUUUGUUAAUUCGAAUUUGGCUGACGCUCUCCGCGCGUCUCGAUAUGAAUGAAUGCUUUGAACCUGUUUUAGUAGAGUUCUUUGUGCGGGGUCAAUAACUUUUCUGAAGCUCAGGGACUUUCCCUAUUACGUCCGAGAACAUAACUUUUUUGUAUAAUUGACUUUUCGAGGAAAGAGUCUUUAUUUAAUCAAUAGUUAAACUCCUAUAAACCAUAAUUAAGGAACGCUCUUAAUUUUUUACUUUGAGGCAAACUUUUUGUUACAAUUUUAUUUUAUUUUUUUUAUUACAAACUGUAGUAUUUUUAUUCGGUAUCGAACAGAAUUAUUUAACGAGUGAAUUAACAAGUUUUUUUUCAAAAUAUAUAGGUAAGUACGCAAUUUCAUUAGGUACCUACAUUGACCUCUUAUAAUAAAAGGACGCACAAUCAUGUAGAAAAUUUCACUUAAAAAUUGGCCUAUUUUGCUUUGACAGUUUUAGAAUUAUUGGUAAAAAGAAAUUUACCUAAAGACCUUUAAAUAUAGUCUAAUAUUCAAUAAAAUACCAAUUUCAGAGCAAAUAUUAAGGAUAAGUUUAAGGAUUGAGUUUAAGGUUGAAUUUGCAAAUGCGACUACUUGAAUUGAGUGCCAAGAAGUUGUGUUUGGCACUCAUUGAGUGGGGACGUUCUUCGGUCGCUGAUUGUGCGUCCACUUUUUAAUAGGAGAUCGAUGAGGGGACCUAUUAUUAAUUUACGUAAUGUCUACUAAUAGAUCGCGUCUAUAACGAUACCUACCUAAGUACCAAUUUUUCUUACAAAUUACAAUCUGCCAUUCGAAGCCACAUUUGCUUCAGAUCACCAGGUCCUGGGUUUAAGUCUUGGGGAAGGCUAUAAAAUUAAAAAAAAAAUCAGGCCGAACGAAGUUAGGAAGUUGAUGUUAUGCCAGCAUCACACAGGACAAUCAGGAAUAGUCAUUAACAUACUCGUAGGUGAUCAUUAAAAGAUUCAACAAUAUCUUGAGUCCGCCAAUCCAAAUUGAAUCAGAGUGGCGGGCGCGAAGCUCUCUAUCUCGUCUUCUACGAGGGAGGGUUGACCCUUUAGAUAACCGUUUAAAUAUGAUAAUGAUGAAUAUUGAUUAGGUAAGUUACAAAUGUUUACUAAAAUUCAAAGUCGUAAAUAAAAUAAACGUAUUAAACACUAAAUAAUUAUAAUACGAAACAUAUCAUACUUAGACAUUAUGAUAAUAUUGAUUUGCUUCUGAUUUUAUUAUACUUUGACUUCAUUGUUUUUUGUGUCAUAGUUUUUAGAUGGCUUUUUGACAUUGUCUGACCCUAAUAUAAUCGUGUAUAGCUUUAGACCAGGUGCUGUGAGUGUGCAUAAUUAGAGGAAAAAAAAUGUUCUUAAUAAAACUGAUACAAAGCAUUUGUUCAGUCCACUUCUUGACACCAAAGGGGGUAUCAAAAGAAUGGACCAACAAGCCUGGCAACAUGCAGAAUCGUAUCUGCAUGCUUUUCUGAGUUUAAAACUAUAAACAGAAUGCGGUCCUUGAAUUAUGCACACUCAAUACCUCACAGCACCUGGUCUAUAAGUAAAUGUUUCCUAUUAGAUUUUUUGUGAUUUGUAGUCAAAUUAUAUCUUGCUACAUAUACAAAUAAGGUUUGGUGAUGCAUGCGUUUUGAUAGUGCAUUCUAUGUUAUGCUUUUAUGCGUAGAAAAGUUAUUUUCAAUCAGAGGUUUUUCUACUGUACUUUUGUCUUUAAUUUAGGUUUUAUAGUCUUUUGUGUCUACUAAACUUUUUGACUAAUGUAGAUGAUUUACAUAAGGGAGUUUCUUUAUACUACUUUCUAUAGAUGAGCCAAACAAGUAUUUUUUUUGUAAUAAUGUUUGCCUAAGAAUAUAAACGGUUUUAGUGGAUGUAUGACUAUUUUUGUGUAAGUAUACUUGGCAAGUUCGUGGCUGGCACUCGCAUGAUAUGCGGGCGACGGGCGGGAAGGAAUGCGCGGGGUAUCGCUACCUCCUCCCGGUCCCCGCGGACCAUCAGGAGUGUUACGAAAGAAUUUGCCAAGCUAUAGUUUUUUGUAAAUAUUACAAAUUAUUAUUAGCUACACAAAUGUCAAUUGACAAAAGCUAUAGGCGGUGAAAAAUAAGCUAUCGUGAAAAUGUCAUAUUUAAGUAAUUAUUAUUAUUAGAGUGAAAAAUAGAAAAACAUUUUCUUUUGUUGAGACAUGUUCUGAGAAAACUGUUAACAGUUUUUGAGAUUGCUAGUAAAAGCAUUGUUUUUGUAUGUUUGCGUUUAUUUAGGAAUUUUUCUAUCAAAAUAGUUAUAAUGUUUAAAUGUUUGUAGUUUAAUAAAUUAUUAUGUAUCGGUAACAUUUCUGUCUUCUAAAUAAAGAUUUGCGGAUUGAUAAAAAUAUUGUAUGUUAUUGUACAUAGUCAGUAGUAAGUUAAGUGAAAAUAAAGGUAUAUAAAAAGGUAUACAUAUU